UGCUCUUUGCACGGCACUGCAAUAAGCAGAGCACCACAGAGCUAGCAGUAGCACACACUAACAAUGGCGAUGGUAAGGAUGCCCAUCCUCGUUGCCGUGGCUCUCGUGGCCGCAGUGGCCUCCUGCAGCGCAAGGGAGCCUAACAUCUGUACGCCGAUGGCGGAGGUUGCAGCAACUGCUGUAGAUGACGCCGUGGCGCCGCUCAUCCACGCGUUGCGGCCACUACUGGGCUCCGGCGGGCAGCUCGGGAGCCACGGCGGGGUGCCGUGCGACAGCUGGCGGCUGGGCGUGGAGGCGUACAACGUGCGGGACUGGACGACGGUCCCCGCCAACUGCGAGGGAUACGUGGGCCACUACAUGCUCGGCAGCCACUACCGCCGCGACUCCAAGGUCGUCAUCGACCAGGCCAUCGCCUACCUUGACAGCCUCAAGCUCGCCGGCAACGGCAAGGAGGUGUGGGUCUUCGACAUCGACGAGACCAUGCUCUCCAACCUACCUUACUACGCCACUCACGGCUUCGGGGCCAGGCCGUACAACGCGACGAGCUACAACGCUUAUGUGUUGGAGGGGAGCGCGCCUGCGCUACCGGAGACAAAACGGCUGUACUACAAGCUGCUCGCGGUGGGCAUCAAGCCAGUGUUCCUAACAGGACGGACCGAGCACCGGAGGGCCAUCACAGUUGCCAACCUCUGCCGCCAGGGCAUCUCCGGAUGGAUGAACCUGCUCCUCAAGCAACCAUGGUUCAAGGGUUCCACGGUGACCUACAAGUCUGGCGAGAGGCAGAAGCUGCAGGACGCUGGGUACGUCGUCGUGGGAAACAUCGGCGACCAGUGGAGCGACAUCCUCGGCGCUCCCGAGGGCGCUCGCACCUUCAAGUUGCCCGACCCCAUGUACUACAUCGGCUAGGCCCGCAGCCAUCCAUUGCUUGUGGUCGAUGAAUAAGCUCCAUCUUCUGAAUAAUUAGAUGCAUGAUCCCGUCUGUUGUUGUUGCUUGGUUAGUUUCCUCAGUUGGGAUCAAUUGCUACUAUCAAUAAGACGUAUGGGAGUCAAAUGGAUCUUGCUCAAUCAAUGGAUCCAUGGGCUGCUGCUUUUUCUUCUUCUUUUUUUUCAUGAAAUUCAUGGGGUAUUGUUGUUUGAUGUGUGGUUCGUCUGUCAUAAUUUGGAUCAUGUUCAAUUGCGUGACAUAGCGAUCUUUUGAUGGUUCA